GAAAGACUAAAGAAAAAACCAGAGAUGUAUAUAAUGCGUGCGAUAAAUAAGGGAGCUGUCGCGCACGCACCUAGAAAAAGAAGGAAUAGCACAAGCACACGAAACCAGAAACGCCAUACCCACACCUACGCAAACCAUGACACAAAAUACACCCCAACCCAAAGGCCCCUUCCACCUCGUCACCGUCAACACCGCGCCAGACCGCGCAAAACGCCUCAUCGGCCGCCUAAUCGAGGCCCUAAAAGACCGCUAUGAAAUCCACUACCUGGCGAACUGUGAAACCAUCGAAGCCGUCGCGCCCACCGUCUGCCAACACCAGCCCAACAUCCUCUUCUCGGCGUCCAUGUGGUCGCCCGAGCAGGUGGCCAAGAUACGGCAGCUUGCGGAGCGGGAGCGGCCGGGGAUAGCGACGUAUGCGAUUCCGCAGGGGUUGCAGGUGGAGAGGGGGCCGGAUGCGGUGGUGGAGCAUUUGGUGGAGAAUGUGCCGGGGGUGUUGGAGGGGGUGGAGUUGUGAGUUGUGAGCG